AAGGAUUCCCCAUUAAGAGUAGUGUGGGAAAUCUACAAACUUAUUCUUAGUUUUCUAUUGUCAAGGGGCACAAAAUUAAAAUAUAAUUGCACAUUACUACACAAGUGACCUACUUGUUACGGGCUAGAACAGAGAACCCCAGGGUGCAUAACACAGAGACAGAGGUGAGGAACUGGAAUCAGAUUGGUUUUAUUACAACUUGAUGUUGAGGUAAAAAAGGAGCAGCAGAGUCUUAGUGGCCAGGGGAAGGCAGAGGCUGGCAGCUGAAUCUGAGGCUAAGGCAGGUGCAGGGGGCUGAGCAGGGGAAUUGGCAGAGUGAAGCAGGGCAGGAAGAGUCCGCAAGGCUUGGGGGAACGGAGGCGAUCCUGAGCAGGUUCCAAGUAGAUCAGAUGGGAGUCAGAAUCAGGCCAAGAUUGCUGCAGGCAGAGGGAACAUACCCAAGGAGGCGUUGGUAAGGUGUUGCAAGUGUACUCCACUGUGGGUGUAUUAGCAGAGGUAAUGCAGCGGAGUGCAGCCUCCAUUUCCUGAUUGGCCCCCUCGGUUUGGACUGGGGGUGAUACCCAGAAGAGAGACUGACUGUGGCUCCCAGGGCUGAACAAAAUGCCUUCCAAACCUGUGAGGUGAACUGCGGGCCUCGGUCAGACACAAUUUCAGAUGGGAUUCCAUGCAGGUGGAAGACAUGGUCCACCAACAGGUCCGCAGUCUCCCUAGCAGAGGGAAGUUUGGAUAGGGCAAGAAAAGUGCAGCUUUGGAAAAGUGAUCUGUUAUGGUGAGAAUGUUUACCGUUUGAUGGUGGGAGGCCAGUAACAAAAUCCAAAGCGAAGCAAGAAGUUCCCAGUUACCGAUAUUGUAAUUUCUUUCAGCAGGUGACAGCUUGCAGGAGAAAAAGGCACAAGGAUGAAGUUUGUCAUUUGAUGAUCGCUGGGAUAGUACUGCACCUACCCCGCUGUCUGAAGCAUCCAGCUCCACGACAAACUGGCAAGCAGGAUCUGGUUGGAUGAGGAUGGGUGCUGAGGCGAAGCAGUUCUUAAGGUCUUUAAAGGCCACUUCAGCCUCAGGAGACCAUAGGAAAGGAGUGGAAGUGGAGCAGUAGUAGUGCAAGGCCCUGGAUGGAUAGCUUGGACCCUGAAACGCUGUAUGUGUCUCCAGAGCAGGCUGGACAGCCCACAUUUCCCAUCCCUACCUCGGAAGUCUCCAACUUGGCACUAGGGGGAGGGAAGAAGAUGAAUGGAUCUCUGGACCACCCCGACCAACCAGACGUGGAUGCCAUUAAGAUGUUUGUGGGCCAGAUUCCACGAUCCUGGUCCGAGGAGCAGCUUCGUGAGCUCUUUGAGCCGUAUGGAGCUGUCUAUGAGAUCAAUGUUCUCCGAGACCGUAGCCAGAAUCCACCACAGAGCAAAGGCUGCUGUUUUAUAACGUACUACACUCGCAAAUCAGCCUUGGAAGCACAGAAUGCUCUGCACAACAUGAAGAUUCUGCCAGGGAUGCACCACCCAAUCCAGAUGAAGCCAGCCGACAGUGAGAAAAACAAUGCAGUGGAGGACAGGAAGCUGUUUAUUGGAAUGAUCUCCAAGAAAUGUAACGAGAACGACAUAAGAUUGAUGUUCUCACCAUACGGACAGAUAGAGGAGUGCCGAAUACUUCGAGGCCCUGAUGGACUCAGCCGUGGUUGUGCAUUUGUGACAUUCACAGCUAGACAAAUGGCCCAGUCAGCCAUCAAGUCCAUGCAUCAGUCCCAGACCAUGGAGGGCUGUUCGUCACCCAUUGUAGUGAAGUUUGCAGACACUCAGAAGGACAAGGAGCAGAAGCGCAUGGCCCUACAGCUGCAGCAGCAGAUGCAGCAACUCAGUGCUGCUUCCAUGUGGGGAAACCUCACUGGGCUCAACAGUCUGGGGCCACAGUACCUAGCACUUUACUUACAGUUGCUGCAGCAGUCAGCCUCCACAGGGAGUGCACUCAACAACCUGCAUCCUGUAUCAGGUCUUAAUGCCAUGCAGAACCUGGCUGCCUUAGCAGCAGCAACUGCCACACAGGCCACGCCCACAGGCUCCAGUGCCAUGACAACAUCUAGUAGCCCAUUAAGUGCACUAACAAGCUCAGGCUCCUCCCCCACCUCCAGCAGCACCUCCUCAGUGAACCCCAUAGCUUCUCUUGGAGCCCUGCAGUCUCUGGCUGCUGGUACUGGAGCUGGCCUCAACAUGGGCUCCCUGGCAGGCAUGGCAGCACUUAAUGGCAGCCUUGGCUCUGGAGGCCUGUCUAAUGGCUCAGGAAGCACCAUGGAGGCACUGAGCCAGGCCUACUCAGGCAUCCAGCAGUAUGCUGCUGCUGCCCUCCCUAGCCUGUACAACCAGAGCCUGCUGUCCCAGCAAAGUGUCUCAGCUGCAGGCAGCCAAAAAGAAGGUCCAGAGGGUGCCAACUUGUUCAUUUACCACCUGCCUCAAGAGUUUGGAGACCAGGACCUGCUCCAGAUGUUUAUGCCCUUUGGAAAUGUCAUCUCUGCUAAGGUCUUCAUUGACAAACAGACAAACCUCAGCAAAUGUUUUGGCUUUGUGAGCUAUGACAACCCUGUAUCAUCACAGGCAGCCAUCCAGUCAAUGAAUGGUUUCCAGAUUGGUAUGAAGAGGCUGAAGGUGCAGCUGAAGCGCUCAAAGAAUGACAGCAAGCCUUACUGAAGGUGCUGAGGCAUGACAGACUUAGUUAGGAAGGGUGAUGUUAUGGUAAGUGGAGUAUGAAUAACCAACUAAGACUGGUCCACUCAGAAACUUGUCUGUGCAUUACAGGGUGACGUCUGCUGCUCUGCCUUUUCUGGUCAUUAUCACAUGUCCAGGCAAAGAGACACAUGAAGCUACAUGCAAGGGUUUUCAGGCCAGACUGGAUUCUUCCUGUGCUCUGUUGUGAUUUAUGCACUUUGUUUUCCUUUUAGCCAAUAAGAGGAACAGGUGUAUUUUCAUUUAAGUUGAAAUGUUAUCAGUUUGCUGUGGUACAUAAACACAUAUGAGUUGAUUGUUAGGAUGUGUUGCACAUUGACAGUUAGGUGCCGAAAUCCACCUGUUUUUUACUUCUGGUUCACCUUCCUUUCCACCACCCAGACCCAGCAUAAAGCUUCUGAAAGCAGGCAGCAGCUGGAAAAGACAGAGUAACAUUUGAUUAGGAAAAAGUUUUCUAUUACAUUUUCUCAAACCACAAUGUAUGCUUUUAUCAUUCUUGUAUUAGGAAUCUCUAUUAUCUCUUGAAAUGGGGAGAGAUCACAUACUGUACACCUAAAUUAGUUUUAAUAUUCUAUCACCAAAAUAAUCAGAAACUCAGAUUGUUCAUGAGGAGGUGCCUCCCCAAAACAUGCAGUUUGGAUUUUAACAUAUUUGUCCUCAUUGUAAAAAACAUAUGUGUGUGUGUUAGUGUUAUGAUGGCAGAUUAUAAGUCAGUGACUGUGUGACAGUUAAGCAGCCUCUGUUGAUGCUGUGAAGAACUUGUUCCUGUUCUCUGGUGUUUCAACCCUGAACUAAAAUCACUGAGGUUGGGUUUAACCUCCAGCCCAUCACCUUCGUGUUGACAGAGGGAGAGAGGAGCUGUUGUAUUGAGAUGGCUGUCUCUGUUAUCUGUUCUCAUCUGAGCUGUGUGGUCCGACAGGAUCCACGUGUGUAUGGAUUGUGUUGUUUACAAACUAAUACACACACAGACUGGAAUUGAUUUCUGUAUGACGUGGAUAUUAUACUUCUGUCAAGCAGUACUCAUUGCUUUUAUUGUAUUUUUCUUUAUCUGGAGGUUAGUAAAACAAAAUAAUUCUAAUACAGUUGAAAAUGCAUUUAAGUAUAGACUUUUCUAGAGGACUAAACUCGGCAUGUUUUGGUGGCGCUCCUCCUGUGCUGCUGCACUCUGAGUCAGAAGACGGGCUGAUGUGGCUGUUGAAGCCCAACUGCUGGCUGUAACUAGCAAUACUGUGAAGUUUGGCUAUAAGACCAAACAUCAUGGACUUAUUCCACUCAUCUUAAUAUCCAUAAGUGUGUCUAAUGCAAAUGUAAUGAUUUGUAUAAAGACAUUUCAUGUUUUUAGUUAGUUUCUACUUUGAAUCCAGGUGUUUUGUAAAAAUUCAUCAACGUCCCUCAGCUACUGUCCUGCUAGCUAGCGGCUGGCUAAUCUAUAGAGGGCUAUACCACUAUGUCUUUCACUGAAUAUCUUCUGUGAUUGGAGAAUUCAUAUAAAUGUCAAAUUGCUUCAGACAAACCUGUAAGUUGCUUAUACUUCCAAGAAAUCAUGUUUUUUUUUUUUUUAUAGAACUAGGAAGUGAGGCAGUUGUUGAGAUGUAUAUUGAAAACUAUUAUGCCUUUUCUAUUUUUAUAUAGGUUUUAUACUUCUCCUGUGUGUUGGGGAACUAUUUAUUGCCUAAAUUAUUUAUCUGAAUUGAAAUUAUUUUGAAAGACAAAUGUGAAGUCCAACAACUCAAUUUGAUCUCCUGGUGUGUGUCCUCUCCUUGCCUGUUAAGUGUUGCUUCAUUUUGGUGAUGUGUACCAUGUGUCAGAGUAGCAUGGAAUGUGUGUGUAGGAUCCAUCAGUGCUGCUACAGACUUCAUAGAAGCCCCUUUCUGUCACACAUGCAUUCAUCUGAAUAAAUCUCUCAUUUCCCAAAAACCCAGGGAGCAUAGUUUAUUCUAAAAGUUGACUUCAACAUGUGCCUGUUGGUCCUGUCUUACAAUAUGGAUAAAUAGUCAUCUUAUUUGAGUUGUUGACAACUGUGCACCAGGGGAAGUCCUGGACCUAUUUACUAGAACUAGUUUUAAAACGGAUUCCAGGUCCACGUCCAAAAACAUGACGGCCUUCAGAUGACCAAGGUGCUCAGAGAAUCUCUCAUUGCUACAGGGUCAUUCAUGUAAAAGCAGCUGAAGAUCACUGUGUUUUGUGUAAUAUUGCCCCAUUUACUUUAUGUUAUGUGAGACAUUUCUUGGUAUGUAGUAGACAAAAGCAUUCUUGCGCAAAAAUCACGAUUUUAUAUCAGGGACUUUUCAGUGACAGCUAAUCCAGCUGUGUUGUGAUUUAAGACCACGGUUUGAUUCUAAAUCUAAAGAAAGCAUAAAAUGAGCUGUCACCUGUGAUUUAAAGGCAUACUAUGCAGGAUUUUACUAAAAAACAAUGUAUAGACUCAUGCAAAAGUAAUCCCUCUCAAUCAUCGCUUAUGAUCCACUACGCUUCUGGGUGUCAACCUUUAGGCAGUGGGAGUGUAGCCUCUAGCCAAUACCAGCAUGCAGGGUAUGAAGCUGGGACUCGUAGUGUAGCAACCAGGUUUCAACACUGUUUUUAUCUGAUUCAGUGUUUCCCCUGAUUCUUCUAUCUCCCUCCUCUGCUGUGUGCAGAGUGCUGUUCCUCUGCUGUCGCUGUGUCUGUUUGACCGACACAAAUACAUGCAGAGCAGAGAGGGGGCAUGUUAUUGGUGCUUUAGAACGUAACCGCUGUGAAACAAUCAGAAAAUAACAUUUUAUUACUCUGAUUCAUGGCUUUGUUCUUGUCAGUACCACUGCAUGACUACUGCUAUCUCUCUUUCCCUCAUGAGGCUGGGGAGGGACCAACUUUAAAAGCUGUGUGUUUGCAAACACCAACUGACAAUUCCUGCAUAGAAUACCUUUAAUAGCUGUGAGAUAGUUUCAUAGAUUUAUGGCUUUGCUGGGAUUAUCCAAAAUAAAACUUUCAAAUGUACAGUCAAAUCACGUUGUGGGGUCAGACCUGAGGGUCUGCUCAUAGAAUUGGUGGACAAUAUGUAGAAUAUCACCUUGAAAAUGGAAGUUGCCAGGAAAAAGCAGGAGGCACAUGAAUUGUCAGAUGGAAUAACAACAUGAAAAGACAAAAGUAACAUCUAACUACAAAUCAUGUAGACUUUACAUUUUUACUGACCAGUUUCAAAUACAUGCUAAAUGGUUUUUGAUUUUCAGAUAUAAUUUUCCCUCUGUUCCAGGCAACUAUUGGUGUCCAUUCAUUUCUUUAUGAUAUGAAAAUCAAAUGGCACACUAUUGAAACUGAAACUGUUGAAUCUUACAGAAAUGGAUGGAAACUAGUGUCUGCCUGAAUGGUAGAAAAAGACCAUCCACAAAUCUAAAACACAGCAACAUGUUAUGCACAGUGGUUAAUGGAAUACUACUGGUAUGGUACUUAAAAGACCUUUUUGAAAAUCAUUGUCCAAAUUCACUGACACAUUCAGUCAUUUGGAAACAGAUGACUUGAAGUAGCAUGUAGUAUUGACCAUUUUACGUUCUUUUACAUUACAUUCUUAGUUUGUUUAUUGCAUCAUUUAAAUGUCAGUUAACAAUUUCUAAUAAGUGAUUAUAACAGACAAGAUUAUUCUAGGCACUCUCCGGCCAUCAUAUGUGUAACAUGUUUAGAUAGCGUAAUAGAUUGAAGCUGCUGGCCCAGAACUCUGGAGGCCUGCUCUGACCUGCAUGUUGUCACUGACUUUGUGUUGGCAGAUUAUUUAGGCUGUCAUAUGUAUGUGUUGCUCUGCUGCUAUCAUCCCCCUCAGUUCUUGGUAGCAUGUGGCUUAUCUUCACGCUGUCCCGACACUGACUGCUGAGUGUUUAGACUGUUAUCAACCCCCACACAGGGGAGAUCAUUCUUGGUUUCUUUUCUCUCUCCUGUCUGUGUUCCAUUGCUGUUUAACCUAGGUUUGUCUCCCUGUUGUGUUUUUCUUUUUGUUGUUUCUAGAUCUCUUCCUGUUUGCCCUAGCAUGUUGAUGUGGCGUCACAGUUCAUCGUCCAGUCCUUGUCUUCUGCGCUUCUCUGAUGCUUCCAAUUUCACCUUUGACCUUGUGUUUGACAUUGAUUACCAGGAGGUUUUGUUUUGUUGUUUCCCAUAAGUCCUUUGUGCUGCCAAUAGGGGCACUAGAAAGACUGCCACUGAACAUGUUUAAAAGUUACAUUAUUACAAGCAUAAAAGAGAAUCUAUUUUUCUAGAACUGACUGGCAUACAGUAACCACUAGAUUUUUGCAAAAUCAGUUUGACACGAGUAUGACCUUUAACUUUGUUUUUUUCUCUUGUGUUGUCAAGCAGUCCUCCCAGUGCCCCAUCCUCCAGUUUUGUUGUGGUUUUUGUGUGAAAGCAGGUAACCUGUCUUUAGACACUGUUUUUGAGUGCUGGUGUGUGUCUCCUAAGUUAGAAAAACCUUUCGAGCAAAUUAGUGAUCACAUUUUGUUAGACAUUUGUAAUUUCAUUCUAAGCUAGCUAAGGGUUCACCUUGGGAGUUCUAUUUGAGUGAUGUUAUGAGGAGGUAACAUUUACUGAUCAGUUGUUAAUUUCAACCUGUUGGCUGACCAUCACAACCACAUGAUGCUGUUAUGCUCUUUUUUAUGUGGAGAAUCAGCCACAAACUCCACAGAAGAGAGGCUUGUUUUGUCGCAUCAAAGUAUAUUUAGUAUGCAUGUUUUUUUAUAUCUGCACUGAAAUUCAUGGCAAAAUGUGAUCUAGUUUGUGCUGAUUUAAAAAUGAUGAAUAAACUGGUGCCAAAUGUUUUGCUCAAUCAGUAUUUUCCCCUUCCAGUGGACUUGCUUCACUGGUCAGAUUAGUUGUAGAAGCAGGGGUUGAUUGGUGUGGCAAGUGGCAUCAUGUACAGCAGGUUUUACUGAAGAACUGACUCAGGCUUGAUGUUAAGUUGACUGGUUGAGAUGUUAAAUUAGUUGUUUUGUGUGGAACUAUGCAGAUCCAGAGUGCUCACACACCAAUAUCAAAUACAAGUGCCCUACUCAUAAGCAGUGGUGUGUAUACUGUAUGUGUUAGUGUGUAAUCAUUGAAUAUAAACCAGAGACCUUUCAGCCUACUAAUUUAGCCCGUAGUCUGUCUGUUUCCCUGACCAGUGGACCAAUGUUGUGGCUACCAAGUGUGAUAUACAAGUGUAAAGUUAAAAAGCCAAAAGCUGUCAUUCACUCAUCAUCUCAUCCUGCUUGAAUAUUCAAUUUAACUUUAUUUUGCAGUUUCCUACAUUGUCCUAGAAAGGAGCUGAAAUGUAACUGUAAAUUCAUAGGAGGGCUCCUGGAAAGACCUGGGUAACUCAGUACUAACUGAAGGGAAAAUGGAAAUGGGUUCAAUUGGUAUUCUUUUAGUCAGAGCACAGCAGAUCAGCUAAACAUGCAAAAAUGCUGAAAAAACAAUUCAAUUCAACAUACAUUCAACAUACAUUAUAUAAAACUUCCAAUAGUAAAUAAAUAAAUAAAGAAUGAUUAUUAAUUAACUGAACUCAAACUCAAAUAACAGUCUUAUAAUUUGGUCUCUCCAGGAAACUUCAUAGUAAAUUUAGUUUGAAUUUUUAGGAAAUUACAAACCUGUUAAAAUAAAGAAUUCUCCAAAUACAUACUUAAAGGACCAUAACAUUGUUUCAGUAGCAAUUAAAAAUUGUACUUUAUGAACAGGUUCUCCCACAAACCGUGUUUUCAUAGAAUAAAAGAAACCUAAGUUCUCAAAUGUGUGUGUUUCCCAAAUACAAGCAGACAUGCCAGAACUUACAGGAAAAAAAUGCAGUCUAAAGGUGGCAGACGUAUGAUUAAAAUCAGUGAUUAAAAUCAGAAAUUGUCUUAUUAAGAAAAAAAAUCAAAAAAACAAUAUUAUGAAUCAGAGCAGACAUUUGAUGCAGAUUGACAGUUUUUGACUGAGACAUUUUAGUGUAUACCAAAAAAAGAGAAAAGGUUUGAUACCAGGUUUGACCACUUUACUACAAAUCAUGUAUAUAUUUCAUUACUACCAAUUUUCUAAAAUGGACCAUCAAUCCAUUUUCAUACAUUAUGAAAAUCAAUGUAAAGAUACUUGAAAAUUUCUUGACCUGGCUCAUCCAUCCUGUGUGCUUUAAUAGUUGUGUGAGAUAUGUUCAGUAAUGCAGGGCAAACAUUUUCAGCACUUAUAACUGCAUUACAACACAUUGGUAACGCCACAUGAAUGGCCAUGAUUUUCAUUGGUUUAUUGCAUAACUGAAGCAUGUCAUGUUGACUCUACCUGCUGCCUGGAAGGCAGCUAUGGAGCCCAGGAAGGAACAUGGAGGGAAAUAUUGUAAUCAUGUAAAUAGUAGCUGUGUACGGGACAAUUUGAGACUCCUCUGAUUAAUAAUGCACAAAUAAUUUGUUUUAAUACUCCCUCUGACACUGACAUUUUACCUGUACUUGUGUUAAAAAAGGAUGAAUAGGACCUUCAUAUCAGCCGCACAUUGUAUUUAGACAAAAAUGAACUUUUUCAAUAGAUAGUUUUAUUUUUUAUUUUCUGUUACAGCAGAAUCCUGCUGAUUGAGAUUGGUGAACACAUUACAUUUGUUACUGCACAUAGAUAUUUCGAUCCAAAAGAGUCCGACAGAUUGGCCAGGCUGAUAUAACUGGCUGGUUUUAGUUUAUCACAUAUAUCUUAGUAUCAGUGUAGAAUGCAGCCAGUAGAUAACAAAAAAUGUCAGAAGAGAACUGUCAAAGAUAUGUUUGAGGUUAUUUAGAAACAGUCUCUCUAUUGCAUAGUUUGUCCACCAGAAAGCUUUGACAAGUUUAUGUUUAAGCUGUGAAACAUAGGUGUAGAUUUGGUUAUGGAAAAGUAGGGACAUGUCUCUGCAAAUAUGUUCAACAAUCUCAAUCAGUUAUCAUUUUAAUUCCUAUAGUGUUACAAAUAAGGUCUAAGCAGAGUUGUCGAGUGGGUUUGUUUCUUGUAUUUUAAUUAGGAGUGAUAGUAAGAUAUGGGGGAUACCUGACAUGAUGAUCUGGCAGCAUUGUCAGCUAGCUCCAGCGCUGGCAGCAGAGUCUGUCAGAUGACAUCACAGAAUUGAAUAUGGUCCCAGCAAACCGUAUUGGGUAGGGUACAGGAGCCACACAAUUCUGUUCUUAUUCGACAGAAUGCAACUGAAAAAAACAAAUCGAGAGGUUAAAUAAAAAAUUAAAAUGAUAAAAUCAUUAAUAAGAAAAACAGAGUCUUGCAUGGUCUCAUCUGAAUAUUCUUAAAAGGUAAAACUCUGCAAGUGAACUGAUUUGAUUGUUUUGAGUUGUGGGUGUCAUGUCUUUGUUGAAUAUAACAUCAGUUAGUUUUGUGUCUACAUUUCAGGAGUUAAGUGUUGGUCAAACAUCAACCAAUGUUGUAAUGUCAAGCAAAAAUACUUAACAUUACAACAAAAGGCAUAUGAAGGAAGAAAUCAA